UUUUGCUACUUUAAAAGCAGCAACACUGUUAUGAGGUCUGUGGAGGGGGAAAAAAUAAAUGUGAGAAAUUAGUAAAUUUGACAAGGUGGAAUGAAAUAAUUAAUUAUUAAUUACAUAUUGAAGGCAUGAUUUAUAGAUUUUCAUUUUGGUGUCGUAAAUUGAAUACUUUACUCAGUCUAUCUAAAUCAAAAACUAUGAAUUUGGAAAAGUGUUAUUUCAGAUACAUCGAAGGUGAAGAAAAAAUUGAUAUAACUUUUUUGUUAAAAGUUAAAGAAUCUGUUAGGCAGUUUAAUUUUAGUCGCAAACCAACAGAAAAAAUAGACACAUUGCUAACCCGCAUUGGUAACAAUAUCCAGAAAGUUGUAGCAAAAGGAAAUAAAAAGAAAAUAAUAAAUGAACAGCAAGAUGUAGCAGUUCAACUUUAUGAUAAGAAUAAUGCCAUAUCAGAAGAGUCUACAUGUAUAGAUUUAUUUUCAUUGCAAGGACCAAUUAAAUUGCAUGUUUAUAAUCAUAUAUAUGAAGUAGUAUUCAAUGUGCCUUGGGUUGUAAGUAUUAAUUUACCUCAGUGCAUCUUAGCUGGCUUUCCUGUUUAUCCUGAAAAUUUUGUUGUACAAAAUGCUGAUAAUCAAUAUAAUUUAUAUACUUGGUAUAAAGGAUUGUCAAUCAACGAAAAAGGAAAUAAUAUGAGUGAGAUUCAUAUAAAAUGGGAAACUGUUGGAAAUGAAAAUAUUUAUAUACCUACUACAAGAGAUAUUGGGAUGAAGUUGAAAUUGGAAUGUACACCUGGAAAUGAUAAAAUAACUGGACCUACAGUUGAAGUGGUAUCUAAAAAUGUUAUUGAAGCUGGACCAGGAACAUGUCCUUUUGAAACUAGGCAUAUGUUCACCACAACAAAGUUAACAAAUAAAAGUUUUCGUUGUGUGACCUACAAUAUUUUGGCAGACUUGUAUUGUGACUCAGACUACACUAGAUCUGUACUGCAUCCAUAUUGUCCAUCAUAUGCUUUGCAUAUUGAUUACAGGAAACAACUGGUCAUGAAAGAGUUAUUAGGUUAUAAUGCAGACAUAAUUUGUUUGCAAGAAGUAGAUUCCAAAAUAUUCCACAACACUUUAAAUCCCUUACUGGGAAUAAAUGGUCUUCAAGGGAAAUUUUACAGAAAAGGAAAAGAAGUUGCUGAAGGAUUAGCUUGCUUUUAUAGAAAAAAAAGAUUUAAUUUACUUGGAGAAGAAAAAAUAUUACUGUCAGAUGUUAUCAAAACAGAGGCUUAUCUACAAUCUAUUUGGGAUGCAAUUAAAGAUAAUGGUCCUUUAGUUACAAGAUUUUUGGAUAGGUCAACAGUGGCAAGUGCAACAAUUUUACAAUCUGUUGAAAACUCUAAUGAAGUGGUUGUUGUUGGCAAUACACACUUGUAUUUCCAUCCAGAUGCAGAUCAUAUAAGGCUUAUACAAGGUGGAAUUUAUGUGUAUUGGUUAAAUGAAAUUCGAAGUAAUUUGAUGAAUCAGAUGCCUGAAAAAAGAAUAUCUCUUUUAUUAUGCGGAGAUUUCAAUAGUGUUCCGUCAUGUGGUGUAUAUAAAUUAUAUACUACUGGACUUGCACCUAGCUCUUUACCAGAUUGGAAAUCCAAUACAGACGAGGCUGUAUAUAAUUUGAGUCUUCAACAGGAUCUUCCUUUAGGAAGUGCAUGUGGCACUCCUCCGUUUACUAAUUUCACUGCUGGAUUUGCAGAUUGUUUAGAUUAUAUUUUUUAUGAUAAAACUAAUCUAGAAGUUGAACAGGUUGUACCACUACCUAGUGAAGAAGAGUUAAGGGCGCAUACCGCUUUACCAAGCAUUGUCUUUCCAUCUGAUCAUAUAGCCUUAAUAACAGAUUUACAAUUUAAAUAGAAUUACAUUUUUAUUCCUAAAUAA